AUGAGAUUCGCUGCCCUCUGGGUCUUGUUUGUGGCCGUUGUGUCUGCGCACACGGUGUUGUUGCCUCCUCACGGAAAGCAGUGUUUCUAUGAAAACUUGAAGAAAAACGACGAAUUGGCCAUCUCGUUCCAGGUUGGUUCAAGAGACCCAAAUAACGCCGAGCAGUUCACCAUCGAUUUCCAUAUCGUCAGUCCUUCCAAUAAGGUUGAGCUCUCCAAGAACGGCUUGGACCAUGGUGACGAGAGCAUCAAGGCUUCCAUGGACGGAAAGUACCAGUACUGUUUCUCCAAUGAAAGAAGCAGUAGAGUCGAUUUGGAUGUUUCGUUCAACGUGCACGGAGUGAUCUACAUUGAUGUCAAUGAUCCCAAGUCUGACACUUUGGACUAUGCCAUCUCGCGGUUGAACCAGUUGACCAGUGAUGUCAAGGCAGAGCAGAACUAUUUGGUGAUCAGAGAGAGAACACACAGAAACACGGCUGAGUCGACCAACUCGCGGGUCAAGUGGUGGUCUUUGUUCCAGAUCAUUGUUGUUGCAUUGAACUCGUUGUUCCAGAUCUACUUUUUGAAGAGAUUUUUCGAGGUUCGUUCUGUUGUAUAG